CAAUUGUCAGUGUCAGCUAAAAUCAAUCAAAUGCCAAUUUCCCAAAAGUGCGGCAAAUAGUCGGAUCGCUACUUUGAUUUUGAUAUUUUAUUUUCGUUAAUAAACGAACAUUCUGGUGAAAAUGGGUGUCAAUAAAACAAACAUUAAUAGAGUGAGAGAACUAAUUUUAGACGAGCAUAAAUUGGUGACUUAUAUUUCACUUAGCAAAGAGCUGUGUAUUCAUGUGAAUGAAGCUAAAACAUUACUGCGAGAAGUAAUACAGGAUAUCAGAAAAAUAAACCCAGAAACUGACCUCAGUAUUUCAUAUGUGAUAGCGGGAUUGCUAAAUAAUGACAAUGGAUGUGUUACUGUAUGCCCAGAACCAGAUUUGGACAGCUUAAGAAAAUCUUUGAAAAUGAUCUUUUACGAGCAUGUGUAUUGUGUUAGCAGAGGUCUUCAAGCAGCAGAAAUUGUUGCAUUAAGUGCAGUAAGCAAAUUCGAAGACAUCUCCCUAUGUACUGGGUUGAUAAAAGCUAACUCUUGUUCUAAAAGGACUGAUGACGAAAUUGGUAGUUUAAAAUCCAUCAAUCAAGCUGUUUUGAAUGCAUCAAAACCAUCAAAUAUACAACAGUCAUCUAAAGACAAAGUAAAUAAAGAGGUAAGAAGUACAGUUGAAGUUAAGGUAGAACCUGAAGUAAAAUCUGAAAAAACUUCACCAAAGAAGAAUUCACCAACUAAAAAAACUCUAGCUAAACUUAACGGAAACAAAAGUGGUCCAGGAGGUAUUGCAGGGUUUUUCAGUAAAGUUAAUGGUGAUUCAUCCAAAAAUAAGAAAGCUAAAGUUUCAGAACCAGAGAUUAAAAAAGAAAAAGAAGACAAAGUGGAGCCAGUUAAAAAAGACACUGAUGUGCCAUCCAAUACUAUAGCUAAUGGUUCAGCAGAAAGUAUCAAAACCAAAUCAAAUAAUAAAAAUAACAUUUCAAUAAAGAAGAAUGCCAAAGUUGAUAAGAAACGCAAAAGAUUAUUACAUGUUUCUGACAGUGAAAGUGACAAUGAAGGAGAUGAUCCAUUUGCUAAAGAAAUGGAUGUUGAUCAUGAGUCAGAGGAUGAAAUACCACCUACACCAACCAUAAAUACGGUCAAAAUAACAUCAGGAAUCAUAAAUCCUAAAAAACGGAGAAAGAUUGUCGAUAAAACCUACACUGAUGAAGAUGGUUAUAUUCUUACCAAAAAAGAAGAAGUUUAUGAGAGUUGCUCUGAAAAUGAGGAAGAAGAAAUAAAAGAGAAUCAAAAAAUUGAGAAAAAUAAUACUUCACCAUUAAAAACAAUAAACACUGGACAAGUGAAACCAGUUAAAAAUGAGCCUACUAUAAAAAAAGAAACAAAAAGUAAGAAGAAAUUGUCACCACCAAAAAAAGGCAAACAAGCUACAAUAAACAGUUUUUUCAAAAAGGUCUGAAAGACCUCAAAAUAAUCAUGCUUGGUUAAAAAUAAAGUGCCUAAUUGUUUUUUAUUUGUUUCACCAAUUAUGUAUGUGAUGUUAUGUUCAA